AUGAUGAAUACAUACGAAGGUCUAAGCAUCCAAACUCCUAGUAGUGGUAAGUCGAAAUAUUUAGUACGAUCACUGCAGUUUAUAUUUAUACUCUAUAUUUUCCCCAAAGUCAUGUUAUUAUGAAUUAUAUACGGCUUGUAUCCAAUUUACGUUUUGUCUGUUUCAAUUUAGUGCAUCAUUCACAUGUACCAUGUAGUUCAACGCCUGCUGUAGGACAAAGGAAAGCUAGGUUAUUUGAAGAUUUAAUAUCAUCAAUUUCCAGCCAAUCUGAUAUCGAUGUUGAUGUGUGA